AUGGGUGGUGGAGCAGAUGAACAGGCAAAGAGUCUUAUCAUGAAUUAUGUGGUUAUUAUACUAUUGCUGGUGAUUCAAUUGGAGGCAGAGUUAAGGGAUUCGUCGGUCCGACAGUCGGAUGACGACCAGAUGCAGACAUUUCAGGACAUUAUCAAAGAGAAAGCGCUGUCACUCGAGACCACUAAACACGAGUUACUGAACGCACAGCAAGAGAUUGAAUCACUUAAGGGAGUGAUUGUCAAAAAGGAUGAAGAGCUCACUGAGAGAGAAGACCAGUACAAGAAGUAUGUCAACAAAGCGAAGGCAGUGACCAAUGCGUUGGAUCAGUUGUCACAGCAUAGUAUUGCAUCCACUCCUAGUAUUAGCAGCACGUCUUCCGAUGCCAACAAUGAUAUUAAUUAUUGGAAACAAUUAGUACAACAAAAAGAGUCGGAAAUUUCCAAAUAUAAGCACGACUUUGAAGAGUCUAACGGUUUCAGGGAAAUGGAGGCAAAGCUACUGACAAUUUCUUUUCACAAUUUGAGCUCACACUUACAGAGAAAGUCAGCCGAAGAGAGGAUACGAAACGGUUCGUUAAAUUCGAGCCAAAAUAACGUGUCAUUUCUUGCGCGUCAACGACAGGCCACGACUCGCAAGUAUAAUAUGCCGACCGUUUCCCAGAGGUAG